AUGGUGUCAGAAGAGAUAGAUAGGCUUGUCAACGAAGGGCUGUUAUCACUGGUGACAUCUUCUGAAUGGGCUACACCUCUAGUGCCCGUAGUCAAGAAGGAUGGGCAGCUGCGGUUGUGCGGUGACUUCCGUCUUACGGUGAAUGCUGCCACCCUUAAGGAACAAUAUCCGCUGCCGUGGGUUGACAAUAUCGUUGCAAAUCUCAAUGGUGGAGAAGUUUUCAGCACAUUGGAUUUGCGGAACGCCUAUAAUCAGCUACCCCUGGACGAAGACUCGAAGAAGCUAGGCUUUUUCAACAUUCACAAGGGCCUUCACUGUUUCAACAGGCUGGCCUUUGGGGUGUCUUCAGCGCCGGCAAUCUUCCAGCGACGCAUGGAAGCCGUGCUCAGCGAGAUUCCCGGAGUGCAGAUACCAGCACUGCGGCCAGAAACAGGCCGGAAAUGGUAUCGCGUUCACAUUGACUACGCAGGCCUUGUCAAGGGACACAUGUUGCUAGUGGUCGUGGACGCCAAGGCUAGAGGCCAUAUUGAUGCAGAGUACGACUUCUGA